CCGCCACCGGGAGUGGGUCUUCCCGGGCUCGGCGGCUGGUGUCGACUACUCCGCGCUUUUCGGCGGCCUUGCACGCCAGCGCCCUCCGGCUCCCGCCCGGCCCUCUCCCGGUCAGCCCGGCGGCGGGGGCCAUGGCGUGGCGGCGGCCCGAGGCCCGCGGCGGAGCCCGCGGCGCGCUGGCGCUGCUAGCGCUGGUCCUGUGUGCGCCCGGGGCCCGGGGCCGGGCGCUCGAGUGGUACUCGGCCGUGGUGAGCACCGAGUACGUGGACCCGCAGACCAACCGGAGCGUGCGGAGCGUCUCGGAGAGCGGCCGCUUCGGCGAGAGCUCGCCUAAGGAGGGCGCGCGGGGCCUGGUGGGCGUCCCGCGCGCCGAGGACCGCGACCCCGAGGGCUGCGCGCCCCGCACGCGCUUCCUCGUGCCCGGCGGCCGGGGGGCCGCGCCCUGGGUCGCGCUGGUGGCGCGCGGGGGCUGCACCUUCAAGGACAAGGUGUUGGCCGCGGCGCGGCGGAACGCCUCGGCCGUGGUCCUGUACAACGAGGAGCGCCACGGGAACCUCACCGCGCCCAUGUCCCACGCGGGAACAGGAAAUAUAGUAGUCAUUAUGGUUAGCUACCCCAAAGGAAGAGAAAUUGUGGAUCUGGUGCAGAAAGACAUUCCGGUCACAAUGACGAUAGGGCUCGGCACCCGGCACGUCCAGGAGUUCAUCAGCGGUCAGUCCGUGGUGUUUGUGGCCAUCGCCUUCAUCACCAUGAUGAUUAUCUCAUUAGCCUGGCUAAUAUUUUACUAUAUACAGCGCUUCCUAUACACUGGCUCACAGUUUGGAAGUCAGAGCCAUAGAAAAGAAACAAAGAAACUUAUUGGGCAGCUUCCUCUUCAUACUGUAAAGCAUGGAGAAAAGGGACUUGAUGUUGAUGCUGAAAGUUGUGCAGUGUGUAUUGAAAAUUUUAAAGGAAAGGAUGUUAUCAGAAUCCUGCCAUGCAAGCAUAUUUUUCAUAGAAUAUGCAUUGACCCAUGGCUUUUGGAUCACCGAACGUGUCCAAUGUGUAAACUUGAUGUCAUCAAAGCCCUGGGAUAUUGGGGAGAGCUUGAGGACGUGCAGGAGGCGCCCGCCCCAGAAUCACCCCCCAGGGGCGUUUCGACUGCAGAGCUGAGUCUUACUUUACCAGAUGGUGACAGAAGCGAGGCGGGCAGCUCAGCACUGCCCACCACCGGCGACUCCGCGCCGCCUUGCGAGGCCGGUUUUAAAGAGGAUGCAGGUGAAAACACGGCCUUGCUGGAGAGCAGCAGGAGUGAGCCUCAGCGUGAAGGACCUGUCUCCUAGCGUAUAACCUGCCGGCAGUGUCACGGAUGGAGCCUGGGCUUGAAUUAGAGGACAUUUUAUUUUUUUUACUUUAGCACAUAGUUUGUAUAUGUGAAAAUAAUGUACAUUCUUUUACCUUUCAGGUUCUGAUUUGAUAUACAAAGGGCUCUAAGAGACUUUAUUCUUAAAGAGAAUUUUUGAUUAGUCUUCAUAUAUUUAUCUACUAAAAUGUAUCAUAAGAUUCAUUCUUUCUUCUCAAGGAUGGUUCUAGACUAAGCACAUUGAAUUCAGACUAGUUGAAAUGGAGUUGUGUGAUUAUAUUCAGUGAUUGAUCACAUGAGUUUCCCUGGAGGAAAGACUUUUUUAGAACAUUAAACUUGUAAAUGUGAUGAGAGAAAUCUAUCGCUUCCUUGCACCUCUGUACUCUAGAGAGAUUUCCAAACCUUAGAGCACUUUCAUUGUUUUCUAUUUGGAGUUAUGGGAAAAGCACUGGUUGACUUUAGGAUUUGCAUUUCUCCCUUUCAUUACCAAUUUGCUUCUAAGCACCCUGAUGGGGAGGGAAGUUUUGUCCAUUUUUUUUCUAUACAAAUAAAAGAAGCUACGCUUCCGUACUGCGCACGAGCAUGAAGUUCUUCAUUGCUUGUUAAAGAAACGGAGUAGACGGACUCUGACGUGGCGUUUUUGGGGUAAAUGAUGAAUAUACUGAUUCCAACUGCAGUUUAACCUUUACAA